UGCCCCGCCCGCCCCGUCGCGUCGCGUCGCGUGGCGCCCGGCGGCGGCUGCGCAGAGCGGCGGCGCCAUGAGCGAGGAGCGGCUGCGGCGGGUGCGCGAGCGCGUGCGGCCCUUCCCCGACUUCCCGGUGCCCGGCGUGCUCUUCCGCGAUAUCAGCCCCUUGCUGAAGGACCCGGCAGCUUUCAGGGCUUUGAUUGACCUUUUGGAAGCUCAUUUGAGGGCCUCUUUCCCCCACAUCGACUUAAUCGCAGGCCUGGAUUCCCGCGGCUUCCUCAUCGGCCCGCCUCUGGCGCAGCGGCUGGGCAUCGGCUUCGUGCUGAUUCGGAAGAAGGGGAAGCUGCCCGGUCCGACGGAGUCCGUCUCCUACACCCUUGAGUACGGCAAGGCUGAGCUCGAGAUCCAGAGCGACGCCGUGGAGCCGGGCCAGAAGGUGGUCAUCGUCGACGACCUGCUCGCCACCGGAGGCACCAUGCGGGCGGCCUGCGAGCUGCUGGGGAGGCUGGAGGCGGAGAUCCUCGAGUGCCUGGUCAUCAUCGAGCUCAAGCUCCUGCGAGGCUCCGAGAAGCUCCAGCCGUUCCCGCUCUACUCGCUGCUGCAGUACGACUGAGGUGCUGGCGGUCCCGCGGCACCGGGUCGGGGCCGUCCCACGUCCCCUCCUGGCUGCCCCGGGCCGGGGGACCUGCCGCCUGCGGCGGGAGGCCGAGCGGGUGCUGUAAAAACCCAAGUCCUGUUUAUUUUCUGAGCCUCUGGUUAAGGUCCAUUUGGUGUAAGAAUCCUUUCUUUGAGUUCAUCCCUCUGGGCAGAGGGAACAGCCUGGUCAUUUUGAGGAAGAAGAGCAAGAGGCAGGGUUAGCGAUUUAUUUUUUAAUAUUAUUAUUAUUAUUAUUUUUUAAGGAGACCAAAGUGAGAACGGUGCUGCUGAGGGCAGGAGCAGUCUGGUAGCCUUGCUAGGCCCAGCGUUGCCUUUGGGCUAAGUUGCAUGUUGUCCGCCCGGGGCCCCCCCGGCCGCGGACGUGCUCGUCCCUCUGGCACGGGUGGGCUCGGUCACGAGGGCGGAUGCAUCCCCGUGUGCCAAAGCUGCCCUGUGCCUGAAAACGCUGCGGGGCUGGCGUCCCCGGCUUUACAGGGGUUGAACUCGCUGAUAAAAUAAAUGCUGACUUUUAUUUUUUUUAA